ACGCCAAUCCCAUCGAAACACCGAUGGUCGGGUGGUGGUUAAAAGGUCCAUUACGUCGUCCCUCGAGUACCCUCCUCCUCCUUUAAAUUCAUACGAUUCGAACGAUUUCCCUCGAAAGUACGCGCAAUCCGCGAAACCAUGUACUCACGAGCGAUAAUUUAUCGGCGCAGGGAAUAUCAAGGACACCUUCGAAGCCAUGCCCGCUGCCACGGCUAGAUCGCCGACGAGGCACGUUUUCCAAGAGGAUAUCCGAUGGCUCGAGGAUAUGCCACCGGGUGGCGACCUCGCCAAGUACAGGGCCGACGCCUCCUUCUGCUGGAAGCGACUUCGUAUCGUCCUCGAGGAUCCGGACGCCAUACGACUCAAGUUGCGCUUAUGGAAAGCAAUGGAAGCCGAUCCAGAAUUUCACCCUUCGCACGGUGUGACCUUGAGUGCGGAUGAGCAAAAGAGGCGGUCGGCGAGGCAAUUGGCACGUCUUCACCAUCAAAAACUUUUGCCAGGUAUCAUAAGCCAGUUGAAUUACAGCACUAAGACAGGAUUUAUGAUGACGUUGAACGAAGCUACGUGUAUGGUUGAUCCAAUGCUGUCCGUUAAAAUUGCCCUCGGAGUUUAUCUUUUCGGCAAUACGAUUUUGAGCCUCGGAACAGACCGACACCAUCCGAUUUUUCAGGCAGUUUGGAACAAACAGCUGUUGGGCUGCUUUGCCCUCACCGAAGUUGGCCAUGGAAGUAACACAAAAAUGAUGCGCACCACGGCUACGUAUGAACCGGCUUCUCAAACUUUUGUCCUUCAUACGCCUGAUUUCCACGCUGCUAAAUGCUGGAUUGGUAAUUUAGGAAAAACAGCGACGGUAGCAAUUGUAUUUGCCCAAUUAAUAACACAAGAAACGAAUCAUGGACUUCAUGCCUUUGUCGUUCCUGUAAGGGAUCCCAAGACAUACAUACCUUAUCCUGGUGUCAUAGUAGGUGACCUUGGCGAAAAAAAUGGACUCAACGGUAUAGACAACGGCUGUAUAAUGUUCAAUAAUUAUAGAAUACCAAAGGACAAUUUAUUAAAUAGAACGGGAGAUGUAACCGCUGAGGGAGAAUACGAAAGUUCCUUCUCGGAUCCUCAACGAAUAUUAGGCGCUGUAUUAGAAAAUUUAUCUGCUGGUCGGAUGGGAAUUUGUCAAGAAUCCACUAAUAGACUCGGUGCUGCGGUAAUCAUAGCUAUAAGAUAUGCCGCGGUGCGUAAACAGUUCUCGUCCUUAAAUUCGAAUUUCGAUAAUGAAGAGAUUCCCAUUAUUGAAUAUCAAUUGCACCAAUGGAGGCUUUUUCCCUACUUAGCUGCAGCUUGUGUAUUUAGAAUCUUCAUGUCAGAAUUUACAACCGUAUAUUUGGAAAAUGUACAGAAGUCGAUGGAGAGUGGAAAUAUUCCAAAUCUUAGUCAAAUUGUAUCCGAAAUACAUUGUAUUGUGUCAGCGAUAAAACCGUUAAUUACAUGGACCUGUCGAGAUGCGUUAAAAGAGUGCAGAGAGGCUUGCGGAGGACACGGAUACCACAAAACUGCUGCUUUAGGUGAUAUGGCUGCUAAUCACGAACCUUCCGUUACUUACGAAGGUGAUAAUAAUGUACUUGCUCAGCAAAGUAGUAAUUGGAUACUAAGGCAGUGGAAUGAUUUGCAAGGUGGAUCAACUUUAGUUAGUCCUCUUGCUUCUGUUCAGUUUCUUAUUAAAGGUCCCGCAAUUCUACGAAGGAAAUUUGAAUCUAAAAUGAAAUCAAGAUUAACACUGGAAUUAGUCAGAGACGCUUAUGAGUGGUUAAUAACGUGGCUGGUUAUCGACACACAACGAAGAUAUGACAAGGAGAUCGCCAGUGGUGCGAAUCACUUCAUGGCCCGCAGUAAGUCGCAAGUCUACAGAGCUGCAAAUCUUACCAGAGCCUACGGAGAGAUGAUUGUAUUGGAUUACUGCACUGCCAGAAUAAAAAAAUUAGUUCCCCCAGAGCCAGAAGCCGAGACACUUAGGAAUGUACUGGAUAAGCUAAUACUGUUAUUCUCUUUAAAGUGUCUUGAAAAAUAUUUAUCCAUUUUUUAUCAAGGUGGUUAUUGCACUGGACCCGAUAUGGCCGACUUAGUGAAAGAAAAUAUUUUAUUGUUAUGCGCUGAAUUAAAACCGGAGGCUAUUGCGAUAGCUGACGCAUUAGCUCCACCAGAUUUUGUUUUGAAUUCCGUUUUAGGCAUGUCUGAUGGGAAGGUUUACGAACGUCUCGAAGAAGCGUUCCGAUGUUAUCCAAGUGGAUCGGAAAGAGCUAGUUGGUGGACUGAACUUUUGGACGUCGCGAACAAGCCUCUGGACGUUCCUAGAUCGAAACUUUGACAAAAAUGUAAUAGUUUAAUCGUAAUUUUUUUUUUUUUUUUAAUGUUGAAACGAAGCAACAGAAUUUGCUAAAACCGUAGAAAAACUUGUACAGUACUAUUAUUACAUUUUAUGCAACUUGUAGCAUAUCUUGUAUA